AUGGUGAUUCAAAAACAUUUUCAGUUUGAAGCAAACCGUACUUUUCUGUCUGAUUCUGAUAAUAACAACAGCCAAGGAGGUGGUUACGGUAACCAUCCAUUUCGACAAAGAGCAAGAGACAAGUCUGCUCUGCUGCCUGAUUGCUUCUUUGCUUCCCCAUCAAAGACCGGUGAAACUCAAGAAUAG